AUGGAAAUGAUAGCGCGGCGAGCCAUAUUGUUGCAGCCUGCAGACUCUUCAAAGAUGAAGGAUCUUCAAGCUAAAGUAUUACACCAUUUUGUCAGUUCUGAUAAAGGUGCUUGCCUGUCUGAAGGUCUAAGUUCGUCAAUCCGCGAUAGUUUGUUUCUGUGCUUGUAUGACAUGCAUUCAUGUGGCGAGGCUUCUCAUACUCUGAGUGAUCCCAUGGCUGUGGUGUAUGCAAAGAAAAUAGACGGAAAACUGGAGGAGUUAGGUCGCACUGAAGUUAUAUUGAAUAGUUUGCAUCCUGCAUGGAUAGAAAAAGUUACAAUUGCAUUCCAAUUCGAGAUUGUACAGCCAUUGGUAUUUCAUGUGUAUGAUGUUGAUACAAAAUACCAUAAUAUCCCUGUGAAGACACUGAAAUUGAAGGAUCAAGACUUUCUUGGAGAGGCAACUUGUGUUCUAUCAGAGAUAGUGACCAAACAAAGUCAGAGUUUAACCCUAAAUCUUCAUAACAAAAAUGGGAAAACGGGUUUGAUGAACUUUGGGGCACUCACUAUCCAUGCAGAGGAAACAGUUGCUUCGAGGAGUGCUGUUGAGAUGACAUUCCGUUGUUCUCACUUGGAUAACAAGGACGUAUUUUCUAAAAGUGAUCCUUUUUUAAAAGUAUAUAGAAUUGUUGAGAGCGGAGAUUAUGUUCCAAUAUGCAAGACUGAAGUGGUGAACAACAACUUAAAUCCAACUUGGAAACCCCUAUGCAUGAGUAUGCAUCAGUUUGGAAGUAAGGAUAACCCAUUAAUUAUCGAGUGCUUUGAUUUCAACAGCAGUGGCAAUCAUGUGCUUAUUGGUAAGAUCCAGAAGUCAGUGGCAGACCUAGAAAAACUUCACAAAGAAAGAAGUGGUGCAAAUCUUACCAUAGCAUCUUCUCAUGAUGGUCACGAGAAGGUGUUGAAGGGACAGCUGUUUGUGGAUCAAUUUUGUCAGAAGGAACAGUACAGUUUUCUUGAUUACAUUUCUAGUGGAUUUGAGCUUAACUUUAUGGUUGCUGUUGACUUUACAAGCUCAAAUGGAAAUCCUCGGAAUCCGGAAUCUUUACACUAUGUUGAUCCUUCUGGCCGGUUGAAUUCUUAUCAGCGGGCUAUAAUGGAGGUUGGAGAGGUCAUUCAGUUUUAUGAUUCUGAUAAACGUUUUCCCGCGUGGGGCUUUGGAGGAAGAACUUUUGAUGGUACCAUCUCACAUUGUUUUAACUUGAAUGGAAGUGCAAGCAGCUAUGAGGUCGAAGGAGUUGAAGGCAUCAUGGCUGCUUAUUCAAGUGCUCUACAUAAUGUUGCUCUGGCAGGGCCCACUUUAUUUGGACAAGUGAUUAAUACAGCUGCGCAAAUUACCAGCGAGUCCCUCUCAUACACCAGCAACAAGUAUUUUGUCUUGCUCAUUAUUACGGAUGGAGUCCUUACAGACCUUCAAGAAACAAAAGAUGCUUUGGUGAGGGCAUCUGAUCUUCCACUGUCGAUUCUUAUAGUGGGAGUGGGAGGAGCAGAUUUUGGACAAAUGGAGGUCCUUGAUGCAGAUAGUGGACAGCGAUUAGAGAGCUCUACAGGUCGUGUUGCUACGCAUGACAUCGUACAGUUUGUUCCAAUGCGAGAAGUGCAUAGUGGGCAGAUUUCUGUGGUGCAGGCUCUUUUGGAAGAGCUACCUGGACAGUUUUUGACCUACAUGCGGAGUAGAGACAUAAAGCCACGCUCUUCCCAUGUAGCCCAAACCUCUGCUUAACUACAUUUGCCAAACCACAUAUACGUUGAUUGUCAGCAGUAAUUAGGGUUUUUAGCUAUUCAUCCAAAAAAAAAAAAAAAAAUUAGGUUUUUGUUAGGGGUUUAAUAAUAGAGGUAUUUUAUGAUUAAAAUACCUUAGGAUAAUAUGUUAUCUUUAUAGAUAACAUUAGAUUAGAGAUUAACAUUUAAAUAUUAGAGAUAAGUAUUAUCAUUAGAGUAGUUAGUAUAAUUUAAAUAUUAAGGAUAAGUAUUAUCAGUAGUUUAUUUUAGUUAGUCUUUUAUUUUACUAUGCAUUGUAAUUGUCUAUUUAAAGACAUCAAGCUCAAGGAUAAGAAAAUUAAUUCCAAACCUUGAGUUUGAAAAGGGCUUUUUUAGGUUUUCUCAAAACUUAAAAGGUCUAGGUUCCCUUUGAAUCUAAGGUCUAGGUUCCCUCAUAACCUAUAAUCUAUCCCGUUACGUAUUCACGUAACAUUUGGUAUCAGAGCCAGGAUCUUGUUCAAUGGCGAAUCCAAGGCUGGAUCAACUUGAGCAGCAGCUUGGUAACUUCAUCACUAUGGUUGAAGGCUUUAUGAAGAAGAUGGAAGAAAAUAAUGAGAGGAUUCAAAAAAAAAUUGUCUGCAUUGAUUGCCAAAUUUGGCGAUGGUUCAGCUGAUAACAAUGAUGAACUUCAUUGCUACGAGCAGCCACAAAUGAUGCUACCGCCAUAUCUCAUGCUAUCACUAUAUUCCUAGCCACCGUUGGAGUCCCAACCAACCAAAACCAUCCACAACGUUGUCAAAUCGCAAGACCCAUCGCAAUGUCAUUACGUUGCAUUGUCAAUUGUAAAAUAGCAAAGGCAGGAUUGUAAAACAGGAAAGGCAGGAUGAAAUGAAGGAAUGUUCACCAUUGUACGUAGCCAAAACAAGGCAACCAUGUCCACCCUAUGCUCCAUUGCAAGCGCCUCGUCGCCAUCCUAUAUCACAGAACAACAGGCAGUCUAAUGUUCAUUGGUAGCGGCAAGUGAUUGGGCUUGUGCAAAUUUGGACGCUUGAUGAGAAAGAAUUGAUCCCACCUCUUGAACGGCCACCAAGGGAACGCCUGAAACGAGUAACGAAGGAAGAAAAGAAUUUUUAGACCUUGAGGACAAGGUCUCCUUAAGGGGAAUGGAAUGUUAGGGGGAAUGGAAUGUUAGGGGUUUAAUAAUAGAUGUAUUUUAUGAUUAAUAUCAAGAAGCUAUGAUGCUACAUAUUUUGGGAAAAAAGGAAAUGAAAAUAUAUUUGAUUGCUUCUA